GUCUUGCACGUCUCGCAUCCUCGCACCCAGUUCCAUCUCCCCACCCACCGCCAUGAGCACCUCCCAACCAUCGACGUCCAGCGGCAUGGACCAGCGCAGACAGGACGCGCUCAAGGGCUACCGCGAGAAAAUGCGGCAACAUGAAACGAGUAGUCAAACCCUCAAGAACUUGCGAUUUGCAUUGAAGGAUCUUGAGAAGGACUACGAGAAGACGGAGGAUGAUAUUAAGGCCGUCCAGUCAGUUGGGCAGAUUAUUGGCGAGGUUAUGAAGCAGCUGGACGAUGAGCGAUUCAUUGUGAAGGCAUCUUCAGGUCCCCGCUAUGUAGUCUCCUACCGUCCAACAUUACCCGUAGCGAAACUCAAGGCCGGCACGCGCGUGAGCCUGGACAUGACCACUCUGACAAUCAUGCGGAUAUUGCCCCGUGAAGUCGAUCCUGCUGUGUACAAGAUGAGUCUCGAGGACCCAGGAGGAGCGUCCUUCGCUGGUAUUGGUGGACUGGGCGACCAAGUGCGCGAGCUCCGUGAGGUUAUUGAGCUGCCAUUGCUCAAUCCGGAGCUCUUUGGACGUGUUGGUAUCAAGCCUCCCAAGGGUGUCCUCCUGUAUGGACCACCAGGAACAGGGAAGACAUUGCUCGCGCGUGCUGUCGCCGCGACUUUGAACACAAAGUUCCUAAAAGUCGUGUCCUCUGCGAUAGUCGACAAAUACAUUGGAGAAUCAGCCCGUGUAGUCCGGGAAAUGUUCGGCUAUGCGCGCGAGAACGAGCCGUGUGUCAUCUUCAUGGACGAGAUCGACGCUAUUGGCGGGCGACGGUUCUCGGAGGGUACCAGUGCGGACCGAGAGAUCCAGCGCACCUUGAUGGAGCUCCUCAACCAGAUGGAUGGCUUCGACGCGCUUGGUCAGACCAAGCUUAUCAUGGCGACAAAUCGACCGGAUACACUCGACCCCGCACUCCUCCGACCAGGACGGCUAGACCGCAAGAUUGAGAUCCCACUGCCCAACGAACAGGCACGGCUAGAAAUCCUGAAGAUUCAUUCCGCGCCUGUGAAUAAGGGUGGCGAGAUUGACUACGAGGCUAUUGUCAAGCUCUCGGACGGCUUCAACGGCGCGGACCUACGUAACGUCGUCACGGAAGCCGGCAUGUUCGCUAUUCGGGAUGAUCGGGAAUAUAUUACGCAGGAGGAUCUCACGAAGGCAGCGCGGAAGGUCGGCGAAGCGAAGAAGCACGAGAGCAAACUCGAGUACUCGGCUUGAUCGUUGCGUUGCUCUCUUUAUUGUAUUACCUGUGUGAGCGCGGAUGCAUUACACACUUCUGUCAAGUGUUCUUCGGCCAGCUGUAAUUCGAGGAUAUUGGACAUUCUGGUCACCGCAUUUCCCCAUCCAACAGUCAUUGGGUUCCUCAUCAGAGCGACUGAACAGUAGUUGCGUACUAACUGCCUUCACCCAAGUUUGAUCUAAGCCCCGUGGCCAGCGAAGCGAGAAUGGAUGAGGCCCGCUAUCUG